AUGGGGGCAAGCUCAGAUGGUCCCACAGCCCGCCAGUCCGACGAUAGUGGCGAGGAUUCGCCCUCGGAGCUGCAGGUCUACACAGUGAAGCUGCUGCUGCGCCUGGCCGGCCAUGUAGCUCAACAACGCUCUAUGAGACAGCGGCAGGACAACGGCGCUGUGCCAGCCGGGGACCUGGUUACCUGGAUACAGGCCUGUUGUGCCCUCCUCGUGGAUGCGGCGGCACCGGCAUUGGGCGGCGCAAUCAACGCCGCGCUGCCCCUCUUCCUCGAGGCCUUCAGCGAGGCGGAGUGGGCUGAACAUGGCCCCAACGAGUAUGGCAUGCACACCCUCGAGCUCCUGCUCGCCACCUGCGACCUUCUCCUCUGGCCCGAUCUCAUCAGGGGCGACCUGCCCGGCCAGGCUCUUUCCCGGUGGCUGAACUUCUUGAUCGGCAUCCAGCGCAGCAUUCGAGCCAUGGUCCCCGAGGAUCAGGCGGUGAAGGUCCUUGCCACCCACCUGGAGCUCGAGUAUCGCGCCCAUAGUGGAGCGAUCGGCUAA